AUCAUAAUAAUACACACUUCUGGUAAAUAGAGAUGAGGCAACUUGUACCUGUUAAUGCAUUUCCAAACUAACCCCAGCAUGUAUUUUCAGACUGAAAGUGAAUUGUGCUCAUACCCAUCAGAUGGUGGACUCUUCAACUGGAAAGGGUGGAGAAUAAGCAUCAGUAGCUUUUCAAAGGAUUGGGCAACUGUACAGAAUAAAUCAUAGUCAGUGCUGGAACCAGGUCAGGUGACCCAGCUGAAAACGACUUCUUGAUGGAUGGUCGAGUUCACCAGGACCUCCAUGUCUGAACAAGGAUCAUUUUUUCCAUUCCUCUGUGUAAAGUGCCAGCUGCGAUCUUUGUGGCGGUUGAAGCUGACUCCUGAGUUGGCACCAGUAACUACCAUCACAUGAAGGAUGUGAGCUCAGCUGUCAGCUCUUUACCGACGUGGCUGGAUUAACUCUUGAAUGAGACGUGGGGCUCAAGGCUUAUUCCCUUCGGAACUGGUGGCAGCUGCAGAUGGCACCGCCGGGUUAUCGGUUGGUAUGCAUGCUCAUCUAGUCAUCAGCUCAUGGAUUUGGUUCCAGAGCCUCCAUGGACAAGCUCGGGUUCCACGUGAGUUCUCUCCAGAUGUGCUCCAGAUUUCCGCCCUGUGACUUGCCAUGGUUUUCCUGUCAGUAAAAGUGUAGCUGGAUGGUGAGAAUAUGCGUACGACAACGGCUUCGAACGUCAAGUAACACGUGAAUUGAGUUCACGAAUUUUUGGGAGAAAAGGUAUUUUUUCCAGAAGAUUUUGGAACAAAGGAGAUCACUCGAACUAUAAGCAGACCGAACCGAGAGGAGUUAUCACCCUGUAAACCUCAAAACCCCAAAUCCUUCAGCUCAACAACACCAGAAGCUGCUUUGUUUUCAGCUCUGCUUUCCUGCCACGUCGACCACAUGGUGAGCAAGGCGCCCUCGCCGCCGCAGCAGCUGAGCCUGGCGAACCUCAGGGCGCUGUCCGUGCUCGGCCAGGGCGCCAGAGGCGUGGUCUUCCACGUCGUGCCUGUCGCCGCGGCGGAGGCGGCGGCAGCAGCCGGGGACAGCUCUGCUACUGCGGGCGCCGACCCCAUGGCCAUGGCGCUCAAGGCCAUGUCCCGCGCCGCCGCGCGGCACAAGGGCGCGGGGCCAGGAGGCACGUGCGGCAGUGACGGGCACCGGAGGAUCUGGUUCGAGCGCGACGUGCUGCUCGCGCUCCGGCACCCGCUGCUUCCCUCCCUCCGCGGUGUCGUGGCCACCGACGCCGUCGUCGGCUUCGCCAUCGACCGCUGCCCCGGCGGCGACCUCAAGUCGCUCCGGCGCCGGUGGCGUGCCGAGACGACGUUCCCGGAGUCCGUCAUCCGGUUCUACGCCGCGGAGCUGGUGCUCGCCCUGGAGCACCUCCACGGCCUCGGCGUCGCGUACCGCGACCUCAAGCCGGAGAACGUCCUCAUCCAGGACUCGGGCCACAUCAUGCUCGUCGACUUCGACCUCUCCACCACGCUACCACCGCCGCCGCCCCCGCCGCUGCCGAACGCGACCGCGCAACGCGUCAGCUCGCCAUCGCGGCGGCCUUCCUCACGCCACCGCAGGCGCAAGAGCAAGAAGGCGGCGGCAGCGAUCGUGUUCGCGUGCUUCUCCUCCCGCCACGCAGCCUCGCCGGAGACGUCGUCCGCACAGUCCCCGGCGUCCAUUUCCAUGGCCGCGUCGUCCGCGUCCUCCUCGUCCUUCUUCUCGUCGGGCGGCGCGCGGACGCCGGCCAAGUCGAACUCGUUCGUGGGCACGGAGGACUACAUGGCGCCGGAGAUCGUGGCGGGCAGCGGCCACGACCACGCCGUGGACUGGUGGGGCCUCGGCGUGGUGCUCUACGAGAUGCUGUACGGGCGCACGCCGUUCCGGGGCCGGAAUCGGCAGGAGACGUUCCGCCGCGUCCUCGCCGCGCCGCCGGAGCUGCCCGGCGAGCCGACGCCGCUGCGCGACCUCAUCGCGCGCCUGCUCGAGAAGGACCCCCGGAAGCGGCUGGGCGCGCACGGCGUGAGGAGGCACGCCUUCUUCCGCGGCGUGGACUGGGACCGCGUCCUGGACGUGGCGCGCCCGCCGUUCAUCCCGGCUCCCGACGACGGCGGCGCGGGCGCGGAGGCCCUGGCCGAGUCCGAGGCGUUGGACGUGGAGAAGGUCGUGCACGAGGUGUUCGGCGCGAGCGGCAACGGUGAGAUGCCGCCGACGGAUGUUGGCAGCGACGGGGGGAAGGAUUACGAUUUCUCCAUAUUUUUCUGAGUUUUUGGUAAUUACAGGACUGCUGCACUGUUAGUGCACGCGUUCCCAAAAAUAAAUGAUUAUGCACACAGCUUUCGCAUAUAGUUUAUUUGUCUUAUUUUUUUUCCUUCCUGGCUUCAUUUGGAUAAUACUCAGUCAGUGUAGCGGUUCUACCUCCAGUUUGAAAAUCUUGUAUGCUCAAACCUGCAUACUGGAGUUUGCAUUCUGGAGUUCCUCAUAAAAAAAGCAGAACAUUGAGUCUGUAGGAUUAUAUUGCCAGGUGGUAUAAAACUAUUGGGCCUCUUUGAAACGCUGGAACCGAAUCACACUGUUCUCUUCGAAGUUCCCGCGCUAAACAGAUCGUAAAAGAUUGUAUCAUGCUAAAAUGAGCCACAUUUUGCUUUUUUUUUCUUUGUGACAACAAUUGUCUUGCAAAGAGAAUGUUGACGGAACCGUGUGUAGUAAUAAAAUUCUUCGCCAGUGAAACUGCCACGGUCGGCUGCGUGCUUUUCUGAACGGUUUUGAACUGAAUGGGAAUGUGUGUGGGGUGGCCACUCAUUCCCGCUGAGCACAGACGACCCCCCGCCAGAUGCCCCGCCCGCACACGUCGUCGGCGCACCGCUCGCGCACGCGUGCGCCGGGGCCAUAGGG